AUGGCGGAAACGGGCAACAGAAGAAAAAAAAUAUCUAUGAUUGGCUCCGGUAUGAUCGGAGGAACCAUGGGCUAUCUUUGUGUACUGCGAGAACUAGCGGACGUUGUCCUUUUUGACGUCAUUCCAGAUAUGCCCAAAGGCAAAGCACUGGAUGAUUCCCAGGCGACUAGCGUUGCAGACACAAACGUGACCGUGACGGGCGCAAAUUCGUACGAUAAAAUCGCGGGCUCUGAUGUAGUGAUAAUAACCGCAGGACUCACGAAGGUGCCAGGGAAAAGUGAUAAAGAAUGGAGCAGAAGCGACCUGCUGCCAUUUAAUGCAAAGAUUAUCCGAGAAGUAGCGGCAGGAGUGAAGCAGUACUGCCCUGGCGCCUUUGUAAUUAUAGUUACGAACCCUUUGGACUGUAUGGUGAAGUGCUUUUAUGAGGCGAGCGGUGUGCCAAAACACAUGGUGUGUGGCAUGGCGAACGUGCUGGAUUCCGCGCGUUUCAGACGCUUCAUUGCAGAUGAGCUGGAUAUAUCGCCUCGGGAUAUUCAAGCUACAGUGAUUGGCACUCAUGGAGACUUCAUGUUGCCUCUCCCGCGCUAUGUGACCGUGAAUGGCUAUCCUCUUCAAGCAUUUAUCAAGAAGGGCAAAAUAACAGAGGCGAAACUUGCAGAAAUCGUAGAGCGUACUAAGCAGGCUGGCGGUGAGAUCGUGAGGCUUUUGGGGCAGGGAUCCGCCUAUUACGCCCCGUCUCUUUCUGCGAUUACCAUGGCGCAGGCGUUCCUAAAGGAUGAGAAAAGGGUACUACCGUGUAGCGUGUAUUGCGAAGGCGAGUACGGCCUCCGUGACCUGUUUAUAGGUUUGCCUGCAGUCAUUGGUGGCGGGGGGAUAGAGCAAAUUAUCGAGCUUGAUUUAACGUCUGAGGAGCAGGCGUGUUUUCAGAAGUCCGUCGAAGAUGUGAAGCAACUCAACAAAAACCUUGCGGCCCUACGUUGA